GAGUUGAGUGUCUUGGUGACAUAGCCGAGACAGGUGAGUGAGUGUGGCCUAAAUCCCGGCUGUGCAGUAAAAAGUUGCAAGUCACCACUGAACCACUCAAAGGGAGAAUUCGAUCGGAAAUGAGCUCGACCAUCCUGCCUCUAGAACUAAUCGAUCGAUGUAUUGGCUCGCGAAUAUGGGUGAUCAUGAAAACUGGACGCGAGUUUACUGGGAAGUUACUCGGCUUUGACGAUUACGUUAAUAUGGUACUAGAAGAUGUAACCGAAUUUGAAACCACGGCUGAAGGACAGAAAGUAACCAACCUAAAACAAACACUCUUAAACGGAAACCAAAUCUGUAUGGUAAGUGGUUCAAUCCCGAUGUCCUCUCCUUGUCAAGCACGCCAGAAGGCUGAUAAACUGACGGCUCAUAUCUCCUAUGAAAACAUGCUCCCCUUCUCCAUCUGUACACACUCUGUUUUCUUCGGACCAAUUUGUAAAGCUUGUACCCGGUGGAAACGGGCCUGAACCCUGACCCCUUAGUAUUCCCAUCCACUCCACUUCAAUCCCCUUUCUUUCUUUCUUUCUUUCUGUGUGCGUGUUUUGUUGGUUUUCUUGGUUUCUAUGUAUUAAAACACAUACAUCUUUCCGGAGCAGGAUGCAUGGAAAUAGAAGAACCGAAGUUGAAGAAUUCACAUUUCAUUUGUGAAAGGUAUAAAAGUGAAGCAAUGCAAUACUGAUGAACAAGUUGGUAGAUUCUAGUG